CCCUCAACCCUAAAAAAACCGAAAAAUUCUCUUUUUCUCAGUUUCAAUCGGAUCUAAAAUCAACAUUUUCUAUCCCCAUUUUACCCUUUACCUUUACCAAAAAAUCCCUACAUUUAGGGUUCCCUUAUCAUCACAGUACCAACACACUGAAAAAAGAAAAAAGAAAAAAAGUAAAAACAAAAAAUUUUGUUCUUAGAAGGUUCUGAAAAAAUGGCACAGAUUCAAGUUCAACAUCAGAGUCCAGUUGGAGGAAAUGGCGUGGCGGCGGCUACAGGUGCCACGUUGGCGGCGGCGGCGGCGGCGGCGCCAGGUGGAGCGGCGGCGGCGGCGGGGAAUAGUCAGUUUACAUCCACGUCACUGUAUGUUGGUGACCUGGAAUUUAAUGUGACAGAUUCACAGUUGUAUGAUUUGUUUAAUCAAGUGGGACAGGUGGUAUCAGUUAGGGUUUGUAGAGAUCUUAGUACAAGGAGAUCUCUUGGUUAUGGUUAUGUUAACUACAGUAACCCUCAAGAUGCUGCAAGGGCAAUGGAGAUGUUGAACUUCACUCCUGUCAAUGGAAAGUCCAUUAGGGUGAUGUACUCUCACAGGGAUCCCACUCUUCGUAAGAGUGGAUCAGCAAACAUAUUUAUUAAGAACUUGGACAAGUCAAUUGACAACAAAGCUUUACAUGACACCUUUUCAAGCUUCGGCAACAUUCUUUCUUGCAAGAUAGCUACUGAUUCUAAUGGCCAGUCAAAGGGUUAUGGUUUUGUACAAUUUGACAACGAAGAAUCUGCUCAAGGUGCCAUAGAUAAGUUAAAUGGUAUGCUGAUGAAUGAUAAACAAGUGUAUGUUGGACAUUUUCUUCGCAAACAGGAAAGAGACUCUACAACUGGCACGACAAAAUUCUACAAUGUCUAUGUGAAAAAUUUGGCUGACUCUACAACUGAUGAUGAGUUGAAGAGUGUUUUUGGUGAGUACGGGAUUAUUACUAGUGCAGUAGUGAUGAGGGAUGCAGAUGGAAAGUCCAAGGGCUUUGGGUUUGUCAAUUUUGAGAAUGCAGAUGAUGCUGCUAAAGCUGUUGAAUCUUUAAACGGAAAGAAAUUUGAUGAGAAAGAGUGGUAUGUUGGGAAAGCACAAAAAAAAUCUGAAAGAGAGCAAGAAUUGAAAAGCAAGUUUGAGCAAACUGCCAAGGAGGCGGUUGAUAAAUACCAAGGUGUUAAUUUGUAUGUUAAAAAUUUAGAUGACACCAUUGAUGAUGAGAAGCUCAAGGAGCUUUUUUCGGAGUAUGGUACGAUAACUUCAUGCAACGUUAUGCGGGAUCCAAGUGGAAUCAGCAGGGGAUCUGGAUUUGUUGCCUUCUCUACUUCUGAAGAAGCUUCCAGAGCUCUUUCUGAGAUGAACGGAAAAAUGAUAGUUAGCAAGCCACUCUAUGUUGCACUAGCACAGCGGAAAGAGGAGAGAAGAGCAAAGUUACAGGCACAAUUUUCACAACUGCGACCAGUGGCAAUGCCCCCAUCACUUGCUCCUCGCAUGCCAAUUUACCCUCCUGGUGCCCCUGGGAUUGGACAGCAGCUAUUUUAUGGGCAAGGCCCCCCUGCUCUACUUCCUCCCCAGGCUGGGUUUGGCUAUCAACAACAGCUUGUUCCUGGAAUGCGUCCUGGAGGAGCUCCUAUGCCGAACUUCUUCAUGCCGAUGGUCCAACAAGGACAACAGGGUCAGCGCCCAGGUGGUCGACGAGGAGCAGGGCCUGUGCAACAAAAUCAACAGGCUAUGCCCAUGAUGCAGCAGCAGAUGAUGCCAAGGGGAAGAAUGUACCGCUACCCACCUGGUCGUAAUGUGCCAGAGGGGCCAAUGCCAGGUGUUGCCGGGGGUACGCUCUCUGUUCCAUAUGAUAUGGGUGGUAUGCUUCCUCGCGAUGCUGCAAUGGGGCAGCCUAUGCCAAUUUCAACAAAUAAGAAAAGCUGCAUCCUAAUGACUUUCACAGGAAGAAUCCAUAAACUAACUUACCACACUCAUAAGAAAAGAAAUGUCAGGGGUUUAGCAUUCAAAUAUGUAGGAGUGUCAAUGGGUUUAUAUCCUAUCACUACUGUCUCCUCAAGAAUGUAUAAGGCUUACUUGCAUUGUGAAAUAACAAUACCUGAUCUGUAUUGA